UCACCAUGAGGGGCGGGGCGAGCGCAUCACUUCCGGUGUUGCCGUCCGGCUCGAAGUGUUUGGAAUGGCGCUGGUGAUGGAACCGAUCCGGCUGGACAGAGAUGUGACUCGAGCUAUUGAAUUACUGGAGAAGUUGCAAAGGAGUGGAGAGGUACCACCCCAGAAACUACAAGCUUUGCAAAGAGUGCUUCAAAGUGAAUUCUGCAUUGCUGUGCGGGAAGUUUAUGAGCAUGUUUAUGAGACUGUGGAUAUUAACAGUAGUCCAGAAGUGAGAGCCAAUGCCACAGCAAAGGCAACAGUAGCAGCAUUUGCCGCCAGUGAAGGUCAUUCACAUCCAAGAGUUGUGGAAUUGCCCAAAACAGAUGAAGGUCUAGGAUUCAAUAUAAUGGGAGGAAAAGAGCAAAACUCUCCUAUUUACAUCUCACGCAUAAUUCCUGCUGGCAUUGCUGAUCGACAUGGAGGGCUGAAACGUGGAGAUCAACUCUUAUCAGUAAAUGGUGUGAGUGUUGAAGGGGAACACCAUGAAAAAGCAGUUGAACUCCUGAAAGCUGCCCAUGGAACUGUUAAAUUGGUUGUUAGAUACACACCAAAAGUCCUGGAAGAAAUGGAAUCAAGGUUUGAAAAAAUGAGAUCAGCGAAACGCAGGCAGCAAAUCAACUAUUAAUUACUCUAAUUCUUCACUGAUUUAAUGCAACUAUUCCAAAAUGUGUGAGAUGAGAUGAUCAGGCAGCAUCAUAUUUAAACCUUAUAUUCACAUUGACAGUGUAUCAUUACAAAUCUUUGCUCAGUGAAAAUCCAGUAUUAACUUUUCAAUGAAGAUACUUUUGAUUAUUUUAAGAUACUCAUUUUACAAUGAACAUAAUGAGUUCCUGCAUUCUUCCCAAUUUGCAGAUAAUUUCUUGAAGCAAAGAUUGACAGUAUGCUGUUGGUUUAAAGUUCAAAGUAAAUUUAUAAUCAAAGUAUAUAUAUAUGUCAUCAUAUUCAAUCCUGAGAUUCAUUUUCUUGUGAGAAUACUCAAUAAAUCCAUAAUAGAAUAACAACCAUAAUGGAAUCAAUGUAAAAGGGCACCAACUUGGGCAUUCAACCAGUUUAGGAAUGAAUAAACAUUGUGGUGUAAUUAGACAAAUUUUGAACAAUGGGUGUUGAAAGGAAGUGGAUAGGACACAGGUUAUGAUUUUCCUUAUCUGGAACCUGGCCACUAAUUUUUUGACCUGUGGAAAGAGGAGAGUUGCUAAAUUCAUCCAUAUCUAAGUGGUAAAUGCAUAAUGUGGCUGCUAGAAGAUUAUAAUUUGGGAAGAGUUACUUGAGCUGUUCCAGCACUAGGAUGUCCCAAUGAGUUCAGUAUUGGUCAGUUAUGCUGCCAACAAAAUGUGGAGGAAAAUAUAAAAGGAUACUGGGUGCCUAUAUUUGAUUUAAGAUCAUUUGAUGUUGACAUCACUAAUGCUUAAGUUUAAUUUCAUAAUUAAGAAAUACCCAUUUUAAGCUUAAUUUCCUCAGAUGAGUAAGAACAGAAAAUGCGUGGGAAAAAAUUCUGAAGAGUUUCAACCUGAAACAAUCUGCCUAGAAUAUUUCCAGCAUUUUCUGUUUUCUGGAAUCUACAGUCUUGUAAUUUUUCCAAGCAAACAGCUUUGCUGUAGUGUAGAUCUUAGAGGAGAUCACAUUUCUUUUAAUAACUGAACUGCUGUUAUGCAAUUCCAGUAAAGUUGUCGACAAAGAUAAUAAAUCAGUUACAGUCCACAUUAAACCCAUUGGUGUCACAUAUUGUGAAUUAUCCGGAGUUUUUUUUUUGGCAUUUCGGCUACAUUUAUCAAGUAAAAGAAAGUCGAUCUACUCAAUUUGACUUUGGAUCUGAUGUGCAUACCUUUCAGAGAAUUCCAGACUCCCAAAGCAAUUGACUUUCUAUACUUGCCACUUUGACCACUCCUGACCAUAGUAAUGUAAGCCUAUGACCUAAUACAAGAAAAAAAUCUAAAUUAGUGUUAACUCACUUUUAUAUAAAAUUAAUUGCAGGAUUUCUUAAUUUCUCAAUCCACUAAUUUUACUUCUAUCUCCACAGAAAGACAUUAUUAAAUUUUCUUAGACCAGCAAUGAGUACACAGAAACUUAUGUUAGUUGACUUCUUACUUCAGGUUUUCUACCACUUCUGCUACUAGUUUUUACAGAACAAAUUUUGUAUUUGGGCAUCAUAAUUUUUGUACCAAACUUUAUUCUAAAACAAACAAUUUAGUAGCCCUGCAGUUAAAAGCAAAAAAGAGAUUAAUUCAAUAACUAAUCAUGCAAUAAAAACUAAAAUGAAUUUCAGCUUAAUAUAAAUGUUCUAUGGUGCCAGGAACAUCAUGUGGAUUGUUUGAGUACAUUUUUAAAACAAGGUUUUGGUAGCACUGUUCCUAUUGUCUUGUUUUGACUUGGUUAGUACUACACUGAUUACCAACACUUGUGUUUUUCCACACAAGGUGGAAGUACAGAAAUGUUUAAUAGUAUAAACUAGACUACUUCAUUUUGUAUAUUAGAAAGCUAGAGUGUUUUAAACUUUUAAAAUUCUGCUUGAUUGAAAUGCAUGCUCUCUUGUCUGUGGUUGUGGCAUAUAAUGCUGUACUCUAAUGUGCCAUUUUUAUACAUGUGUAUAAAUAUUAACAUCAGUGUCCAGUAUCUUUUGCUCAUAUGUACCUCUGGAUUGUUUGGUGAAUUGUUCUUGUGUCCCAACAGUGCAGUUCCAUAAAUUCAGAAGUCUAUAUAUUAAAUUAUUUACAAAGUAUAUAUUUCAUAAUCAUUAUCAACCCUCUUGAAAUUUGUGGUUGAGUUCUUUUUAAACUAAUCUUUUUUCCUUGUCUCUAUUCAAAUGAAACACUUUUGGUAAAAGCCAAAAAUAGUGGGUUUUGAAAGUUUUUAAUCAAUUUAUUGUGCAAUAUUUGUAUUAAACAAUGUCUAAUAAUGUCAUAUUGAUAAAAUGUUAACUUGGUUACAGAAUGCUACAUUCUCAAUCUUCAAAGUUUUCUUGGUUCCAAUUUUGUAUGAAGAAUACGGUUACUCCAUGCACUGAUGUUAUGCUUUAAUUUUAUGCUUUUAUUUGCAUUUUGUUGAUCUUUUUGAGGAUGCUUUCAAAAUCUCUUGACACCAAAUGAAAAGAGUGAACCAUGCAGAUAAAUAGGCUUUCAUUCUAAUUUAAAUAGUGUACUUGAUGUUUUGAAGUUGAUCAAAUUAAUGCAACUUGAAAUAUAUAACACUAAUAGCAUAAAUUUACUGCAGCGUUUAAUGUUAAUGCUAAAUUUCACUAUAUUGAACAGGAUAAAUGUAUUGCUUUUAGUGACUUUUUAAGCCAAACCAAGUGUGAAUAAUGCCGUAUUUUGUUUGUGUGUCUGUAUAUAUUAGAACUUCUUCAAAGGUAAAGACAUUGUGUAUUGAGGGGUUUGAUUUGUAACCAGUUUAAAAUUAAUUGUAUGGAUUUAUCUUUUAAUCUUAUCUUUGUCUACCUUUACUUGUGAAUAUCGCAAUUUGUAUUCAAAAUAAAAUGAGAGGCAACAAUG